AUGGCCCCGUCUGAUCCUGCCAACUCACUGGACGCGCAUCCAGGUUUCCGCAGUGGAUCAGCAGAUCUCUCCGAUUUGGAAGAAUCUGAUCUCAGCACAUCACGUACUGUUAAGAACAAAGGCAAAAAGAUUUUUCGAUGUUCCGAAUGUGAUAAAUGUUACACGAGAAAGGUUCAUCUCACUAGACACCAAUCCCUGCACACUGGAGUGCGGCCCUAUUCAUGUUCAGAGUGCGGGAAAUCUUUUAGCGAAAAAGAAACCCUCAUCCAACAUGUGAGAGUACACACAGGCGAGAGACCAUAUUCGUGCCCAAAGUGUGGGCAGUGUUACAAGCAGAAAGCUAAUCUCAGGUCGCAUCUCAAGUCUCACCUCCCUGUUCACUCAGGUGAGAAGCCGUACUCAUGCUCAGAAUGCGGAAAGUGUUUUAAUCGGAAAGGUUCGCUCACUGUACACCAGCGAAACCACACGGGAGAAAUGCCACAUACAUGUACAGAAUGCAGGAAAGGUUUCACACGGAGAGGUAUACUCAUUAAACACCAGCGUACCCACACAGGAGAGCGGCCUUUUUGCUGCACAGAGUGCGGCAAAUGUUUUAAGCAGAAUAAAUCACACCUUGUGAACCACCUGAGAGUUCACACCGGUGAGAAGCCCUUUUCAUGUUCUGAGUGUGGGAAAAGUUUCUCAGAAAAAGGAGCCCUCAGUACGCAUUUCAAGCUUCACACCGGUGAGAAGCCAUUUUGCUGUUCAGAGUGAGGAAAUAAGUUCUCAUCAAAAGCUUAUCUAGUUAUUCACCAGAGAAUUCACACAGGUGAACCUUCUGCUGCU